UAUCAGGAGCUGGAAGCGUGCAAAACCUGUCGCGGAUGGUCGCGCCUUCAAAAACGAGUCAUUUGAUUGGGUGGAAAAUCACCUUAUAAACACGAUUUGCAUAAAUUCUAUCUUGUUGACACGAGCUUAAGGUCAUACGACGUUUAUAAAAUGGUGUACGAGACAUAGGAUCUCUUAUUCAGUGAAAACCUCUUCGAUCGUGAUCAUGAGGGACGAACUUAAGUACCUCACCGGCUUCGGAUCAGAAUUUUCCAGCGAGGACGAACGCUAUCCAAAUUCUCUGCCCGUUGGUCAAAAUAAUCCACAAAAAUGCCCUUACGGGCUGUACGCGGAACAAUUAUCUGGAACCGCCUUCACAGCACCUCGACUGGAGAACAAAAGAAGUUGGCUUUAUCGGAUCAGACCAUCCGUAGUGCACGAACCAUUUGUUCUCAUUAACGAUGCCGCACAUUUGACGCACAAUUGGGAUGCGAUUCCACCAAAUCCAAAUCAGAUGCGUUGGAAACCGUUUGACGUACCCACUCGACAAGAUCCCGGAGUCGAUUUCGUUCAAGGUCUUCAUACUGUCUGUGGAGCCGGAGACGCCAGAGUACGUUCUGGAAUCGCGAUCCAUGUUUAUCUCUGCAAUGCUUCAAUGCGCAAUAAAGCCCUUUAUAAUGCAGACGGUGACUUUUUGAUCGUACCGCAACUUGGUUGUUUGCAAAUAACGACGGAAUUUGGAAAGAUGAAGGUUGAUCCCAACGAGAUUUGCGUUAUACAACAAGGGAUGCGUUUUUCGGUAACGGUUCUUGGCCCAUCGAGAGGGUACAUUCUAGAAGUAUUCGACAAUCAUUUUCAGUUGCCCAAUCUCGGACCUAUAGGUGCCAAUGGGUUGGCCAACCCUCGGGAUUUUCUUACGCCGGUAGCCUGGUUCGAAGAUCGCGAAACUCCGUUUACGAUAAUAUCAAAAUAUCAAGGGAAGCUAUUCGCAGCUUCUCAAGGUCACAGUCCUUUCGACGUGGUAGCCUGGCAUGGGAAUUACGUCCCCUACAAGUAUGAUCUAGAUCGUUUCAUGGUUGUGAACUCCGUAUCCUUCGAUCACUGCGAUCCCUCCAUCUUCACCGUCCUCACUUGCCCGUCAAAUAAGCCUGGUACCGCCGUUGCUGACUUUGUGAUAUUCCCACCGAGAUGGUCAGUCCAAGAACACACGUUUCGGCCUCCAUAUUAUCACCGAAACUGCAUGAGCGAGUUCAUGGGGUUGAUAAAGGGUCGAUACGAGGCGAAGGAAGAAGGUUUCCAAGCCGGAGGUGCUUCUCUGCAUUCGAUUAUGACACCGCACGGACCAGAUACCGCGUGUUUCGAAGGUGCUUCAAACGCGGAAUUGGUUGCUGAAAGAAUAGCUGAUGGCACCCAAGCCUUUAUGUUCGAAUCCUCUUUCAGUUUAGCUGUAACCCAUUGGGGUGAGCACACCAGCCAGAAACUUGAUCCAGAUUAUUAUCAAUGCUGGCAAAAUCUGAAGAAACAUUUUGACCUGAAAGCUCUCGGAGAAAAUUUACCAAGCGAUGAUUGAAAUGCAUUGAGUUGCAGAUAUUACAUACAGAAAGAGCACCCAUCGCGUUUCCCGACGUGAAAUGAUACUUCUGAAAAUUUUGUAUAAUGAGUUUGAUCAAUAAAUCAUGCCACAACA